GAAAAUCAUAAUAUUUCAACUAUAAAAGUAGCUGUGCGAUUCUCAAUUUAAUCACGCAAAGCUGUUGCUACUAUCAGAGAAAUAGAGAGGGAGAGAGAGUGUGUUGGGGUUCUGACUUCUGCAUCGGCGAUUAGAUCUCAACCACAGCGUUCAUCAUGGUUCUUUUACAGCUAGACCCGUUUCUUAAUGAACUCACUAGCAUGUUUGAGCGCAGCAACGAGAAAGGUUCUGUUUGGGUUACUCUUAAGCGAUGUACGUCAUCCUUAAAGUCUAAGGUGCAGAGGAAUAAAAUGGCGACUGCAGGUGAAGCAAUUGAGUAUAGAUGCCUUAUCCGUGCUACUGAUGGGAAAAAGACGAUUUCUACUUCAGUUGGAGCAAAGGAUCAUCAGCGCUUUCAAGCUUCUUAUGCAACUAUCCUCAAGGCCCACAUGACAGCUCUAAAGAAAAGGGAGAGAAAGGAUAAGAAAAAAGCUGCAGAGGGUGAUAAGAAAGAAGGGGCUGCGAAGAAGCCCAAGAGGGUGUAAAUAAUUCCCCUUUUUACUCCUUAGGCUCCUCCUCCUUUUUGAGAAAGAAAAAGAAAGAAAAAAAAAAAAAAAAAUCAACUUGAAGCAAGUUUAGGGACGAAGUAUAGGUUUUUUUUAGAUGUUACCUUUUGAUUGAUGGUAUUUUCAUGACCUGGUUGAAUGGAAAGAUUUGGAAGGUAGUCUUUAAUGUUCUGCAGCUAAAAUUAAUUUUGAAAAAAUUGUAGGAUAUAUUUAUUUUUUUGUUUUCAGCCUUGCGUGGAUUUGUGUUCUCAAAUUUCCUGAAGUCAACAUCAAAAGAUACAAAUUGCACUAAAAUCGAUUGAUUGGUAUAAAGUGAUUAGUAAACAGAUGAUAUGUAAUCAUAUUUGCUUAAAUAGGAUAUCUGGAUAUGUGCUUCUUCAUCUUUUAACAGAUAAUGAGAGUAGUAUGUUGGUUCAGAUUUAUAUAUUCUUGGCCAAAUGUAGAUUAUUUUUCCAGACAUGACCAAAAUCUAUAUGUUGUUGGAUUAUUUGCAAGAUGCUGUAAAAUAAACCUUCAGUUUUUUCAA